GCCUCGCGGUGCCUAGGCUCGGGCGCCGGCGGUGACGCGCUCAGUCGCGCGGAGCCGGGCCGGGAGCGCGGGCGGCGGGCCGGCAGGAUGAACAGCAUCAAGAACGUGCCGGCGCGGGUGCUGAGCCGCAGGCCGGGCCACAGCCUGGAGGCCGAGCGCGAGCAGUUCGACAAGACCCAGGCCAUCAGCAUCAGCAAAGCCAUCAACACCCAGGAGGCCCCCGUGAAGGAGAAGCAUGCCCGGCGCAUCAUACUGGGCACUCACCACGAGAAGGGGGCCUUCACCUUCUGGUCCUAUGCUAUCGGUCUGCCACUUCCCAGCAGCUCCAUCCUCAGCUGGAAGUUCUGCCAUGUCCUCCACAAGGUCCUUCGAGACGGGCACCCCAAUGUGCUGCACGACUGCCAGCGCUAUCGGAGCAACAUUCGGGAGAUUGGAGAUCUGUGGGGGCAUCUGCAUGACCGAUACGGACAACUGGUGAACGUUUACACCAAACUCUUGCUGACCAAAAUCUCCUUCCACCUCAAGCACCCCCAGUUUCCUGCGGGCCUGGAGGUGACAGACGAGGUGUUGGAAAAGGCAGCUGGGACGGACGUCAACAAUAUCUUCCAGCUCACCGUGGAGAUGUUCGAUUACAUGGACUGUGAGCUGAAGCUUUCUGAAUCAGUUUUUCGGCAGCUCAACACAGCCAUCGCUGUGUCUCAGAUGUCCUCAGGCCAGUGCCGCCUGGCCCCCCUCAUCCAGGUCAUCCAGGACUGCAGCCACCUCUACCACUACACAGUCAAGCUCCUGUUCAAGCUGCACUCCUGUCUCCCGGCAGACACCCUGCAAGGCCACAGGGACCGGUUCCACGAGCAGUUUCACAGCCUCAGAAACUUCUUCCGCAGAGCCUCGGACAUGCUCUACUUCAAGCGGCUCAUCCAGAUCCCCCGGCUGCCCGAGGGACCUCCCAACUUCCUGCGGGCCUCGGCACUGGCCGAGCACAUCAAGCCUGUGGUGGUGAUCCCUGAGGAGGCCCCCGAGGACGAGGAGCCCGAGACCCUCAUCGAGAUCAGCACAGGGCCCCCGGCCGGGGAGCCAGUGGUGGUGGCUGACCUCUUUGAGCAGACGUUUGGACCCCCCAAUGGCUCAGUGAAGGAUGACAGGGACCUCCAGAUCGAGACUUUGAAAAGAGAGGUAGAGACGCUCCGUGCCGAGCUGGACAAGAUCAAGCUGGAGGCCCAGCGGUACAUCUCGCAGCUGAAGGGCCAGGUGAACACGCUGGAGGCUGAGCUGGAGGAGCAGCGGAAGCAGAAGCAAAAGGCUCUGGUGGACAACGAGCAGCUCCGCCAUGAGCUGGCCCAGCUGAGGGCCGCCCAGCUGGAGGGCGAGCGGAACCAGGGCCUGCGCGAGGAGGCUGAGAAGAAGGCCAGCGCUACAGAGGCGCGCUACAACAAGCUGAAGGAAAAGCACAGCGAGCUCAUCAACACGCACGCUGAGCUGCUCAGGAAGAACGCAGACACAGCCAAGCAGCUGACAGUGACACAGCAGAGCCAGGAGGAGGUGGCGCGAGUGAAGGAGCAGUUGGCCUUCCAGAUGGAGCAGGUGAAACGGGAGUCCGAGAUGAAGCUGGAGGAGCAGAGUGACCAGCUAGAGAAGCUCAAGAGGGAGCUGGAGGCCAAGGCUGGGGAGCUGGUGCACGUGCAGGAGGCCCUGAGCCGCACAGAGCAGAGCGGGUCAGAGCUGAGCUCGAGGCUGGACACGCUGAGUGCAGAGAAGGACACGCUGAGCAGCGCCAUGCGGCAGCGGGAGGCUGACCUGCUGGCGGCCCAGAACCUGGUGCGGGAGAAGGAGGAGGCGCUGAGCCAGGAGCAGCAGCGAAACUCCCAGGAGAGGGGCGAGCUGCAGGGGCGGCUGGCGGACAAGGAGUCUCAGGAGCAGGGGCUACGGCAGAGGCUCCUGGAUGAGCAGUUUGCGGUGCUCCGGGGCACUGCCGCUGAGGCCGAGCGCAUCCUGCAGGACGCUGUGAGCAAGCUGGAUGACCCCCUGCACCUGCGCUGCACCAGCUCCCCGGACUACCUGGUGAGCAGGGCCCAGGCGGCCCUGGAGGCUGUGAGUGCCCUGGAGAAGGGCCACACCCUGUACCUCGCCUCCAGAUCAGAUGCCUCUGCCCUGGUGGCAGCCCUGACCCAGUUCUCCCACCUGACUGCCGACACCAUCGUCAAUGGCGGUGCCACCUCCCACCUGGCCCCCACUGACCCUGCUGACCGCCUGAUCGACACCUGCCGGGAGUGCGGGGCCCGGGCCCUGGAGCUUGUGAGGCAGCUGCAGGAUCAGCAGGCUCUGCAGCAGGCCCAGCCCGGCCUGGUGCGGAACCCCCUGCAGGGCAUCCUUCAGCUGGGCCAGGAGCUGAAGCCCAAGAGCCUGGAUGUGCGUCAGGAGGAGCUGGGGGCCAUGGUGGACAAGGAAAUGGCAGCUACAUCCGCAGCCAUUGAAGACGCUGUGCAGAGGAUCGAGGACAUGAUGAACCAGGCCCGCCACGCCAGCUCCGGGGUAAAGCUGGAGGUGAAUGAGAGGAUCCUCAACUCCUGCACAGACCUGAUGAAGGCCAUUCGGCUCCUGGUGACAACGUCCACCAGCCUGCAGAAGGAAAUUGUGGAGAGUGGCAGGGGGGCAGCCACACAGCAGGAGUUUUACGCGAAGAACUCGCGGUGGACGGAAGGCCUCAUCUCUGCCUCCAAGGCGGUGGGCUGGGGAGCCACGCAGCUGGUGGAGUCAGCUGACAAAGUGGUGCUUCACACGGGCAAGUAUGAAGAGCUCAUCGUCUGCUCCCACGAGAUUGCAGCCAGCACAGCCCAGCUGGUGGCAGCCUCCAAGGUGAAGGCUGACAAGCACAGCCCCCACCUGAGUCGCCUACAGGAGUGCUCCCGCACUGUCAAUGAGAUGGCCGCCAAUGUGGUGGCUUCUACCAAGUCAGGCCAGGAGCAGAUCGAAGAGAGAGACACCAUGGACUUCUCUGGCCUGUCACUCAUCAAGCUGAAGAAGCAGGAGAUGGAGACCCAGGUGCGAGUCUUGGAGCUGGAGAAGACGCUGGAGGCAGAGCGUGUGCGGCUGGGGGAGCUACGGAAGCAGCACUAUGUGCUAGCCGGGGUGGUGGGGACGCCUGGCGAAGAGGAGCCUGGCCGGCCCAGCCCUGCCCCCCGCAGCGGGACCUCCAAGAAGCCACCCCUGGCCCAGAAGCCCAGCGUGGCCCCCAGGCAGGACCACCAGCUCGACAAAAAGGAUGGCAUCUACCCGGCUCAACUUGUGAACUACUAGGCCCCCAAGGGGUCCAGCAAGGAGGCUGGUGGGCAGGCCUGGGCCUCACAUGGCUUCCCUGACUUGGCCGAGGAGCCUCCAAGGGGUCCAGUCGCCGGCCGAUGGCACCAGCCCCCACACCAGGUGCCCAAGCCCCCUGCCCCACGGCCCGGAUCAGUGUCCCAGAGGCCCACAGCCCUUGCUGAGCCCAUGGGAUCUGGGCUGACCAGGGUGGUUCUCCUGGACAUGCGUCUAUUUAUCUGCAAUAGGAACUGUGAGAACAGCCAGGACCCAGCAGGCCUGAGCCACAACUCUUCAGGAAAUACACGGAACAUUCUCAGUAUUCCGAGUUAGACCUUUUCUGUAUGAGUUUGUUUUCAGCACACUGGGAAGCAGGGCCUCCCCUGCCUUUUGGAUUCAGGGUCUGAGGUUAGAGAUGAACAGAAAGAACAGAGUCCGUGCUAGCUGUAGGAGACGCGAGUAAGACGUCACCUGUUUAUGGCCUUGGGGCACUGAUUCCAUGGAGACGGGACGUGGUGCGACCUCAGGCAAAGCAGGAUGUUCCAGAGCAGGCUGGGGGCAUCCCCCCUUCCUCCCUACCUCGCUCUGGGGCACCAGCGAUGAGAGUGCGGAGGGGGAGGGCGAACACUGGAUGAGUCCCUUGUCCAGAGGGAGGGGCAGAGUCCAUGCUGCCGCCAGGCAGGCAGGUGCUGUGGCUGCGCACCCAGCCCCGGCGCAGGUGCUGCGUUCACCCCUGGAGUCUGUUACCCUUCAAAUCUGUGGUGAUUCUCCCGUUUCAUGUUUUUCGUGCCCCUGCCCUGGUGACCCAGUUCUUCCUGCUCCCCAUUGCCCCCUCCUCCCCCAGGGUGAUUUCUAGCCCUCCUGAAGGUGGGGCCUUGGCCCUGGGCUUCUCCAGCUCAGCUGGAAAAAGCCCAGAAACCAGGAGCUGCCUGCCUCCGAAUCAAGGGCUCCUUGUGCUCCACAGGAAGGGGCUGCCCUCAGGGAAGGACCACCGCUCUGCCCAACAGCCCUGCCCUAGUCAGAGGAUAGAAUGCAUUCCUUGGGCCCCACCCUCUUUGGGGAAUCGGGGGGUGGGGGGGACCUGACUGGGAGGACAGGACCAGCUGCUGGGUCGGACGAACCCCCCCACCCAGCCCUUAGCCGUUUGCCGGUGCUCUGGGAAGGCUGCCCGAUAGCAGCCACGGUCUGGAGACAGCACAGGAGCCAGCUCUUUUGCUUUGCGUUUAUUAUUCCCGUGUGUUGAUGAGUCAGAUUGGCAAUAAAACGCACUUUGACUGUUGUCA